AGACUCCAGAGAGCCGUUCAAAGCCACCCAAUAGUGAGAAUCUCAUUUGAACGCAAACGUGUUCUUCCAACCAGCCACCCAUAUCACCUCCAUCUCUCUCCCUCUGCAAUGAAAAGCUGACUCGAAAGAAGUUGUUGAAAAUGGCGUUUCUUGUGUCAAAUCUCUCUCCCUCUCUGCUUGUUCAAGCCAAAUCAAAAGAAAAGCUCAUCCACCAAACUUCUCUAACAAAACCCACUCCUCCAUGCCCUCCUCUGCUCUCUUCCUUUCCUCUCACCAAACUCGAAACCCCACCCGUUCGCCGUUCGCAGGAUAAGGACCUCCCUAUUCAACAGGAUAAGCAGAAGGACGAUUUCUAUGUUAAUCUCGGCCUUGCUGUGAGGACUCUGAGAGAAGACUUACCUUUAAUCUUCUCCAAGGAACUUAAUUAUGACAUCUACAGAGAUGAUAUAACUUUCAUGGACCCAUUGAACACCUUCACCGGAAUUGAUAAAUAUAAAUUGAUCUUCUGGGCCUUGCGUUUCCAUAGCCGAAUUCUGUUUCGGGAAAUUUCCUUUGAGGUUUAUAGGAUAUGGCAGCCUUCUGAGAAUGUUAUAUUAAUCAGAUGGAACUUGAGGGGUGUUCCCAGGGUUCCAUGGGAGGCAAAGGGUCAAUUUCAGGGGACUUCGAGGUAUAAGUUGGACAGGAAUGGGAAAAUUUAUGAACACAAAGUCGACAAUUUGGCGUUUAAUUUCCCACAGACAUUGAAACCGGCUGCGUCGGUGUUGGAUUUGGUUGCUGCCUGCCCGGCUAGCCCCAAUCCGACAUUCUUAUGGGGGCCAACAGAAGCAUACACAUCAGCGUGGUUGGACUUUUAUCAGGCAGUGAGGGGGACUUUGUAUAGUGAAGGGUAUUUGCUUAUGCAAGAUGGGUUGGUUACAUGUUCAUAACAGCAGGCAUUGAGGAUUCUGGUGACUGAUGGAAUGUUCUGUAUACUUGUUAUCCAGUAUUAUAGAUCUGCUUCAUACAUCUUGUAUCAUAUUCUCGUAUACAGCUCAUUAGCAGUUUAGGUAACGAGCUAAUGUACAUAGGCAGGAAUGUUGGGCAUUCAUGUUCUUGUAUUGUGGGGAAGAUGUAAGAAAGUGGGUGCAUAUUUGUUGAGUUGUUGCAGUUCGGAUGUGCAUUUAUAGGCAUCUUUUGUUAGCACUCAAUGAAGAUCUUUUCUAUAUGAUGUUAAACUUAAAAA